AUGGCGUCAAACACAACAAGCAAUCCAACAAAUUCAACCCAUCAUUCACGUCACAUGUACUCAGAAACAUACAAAAUAAUCAGCGCGACUAUAACUUUCGCUAUAAUGUCGCUUGCCAUUUUUGGUAACACACUAGUUGUGAUGGCGUUCAAGAAAUACCAUAAACUACAAUCUGUGACCAACUAUUUUGUCGUUUCCUUGGCUAUAAGCGAUAUUCUAAUAAGCAUGCUCUCAAUGCCAAUUUGGGGGAUUCAUGUGGUCACAGGGCCCGAUCCAAAAUGGGAAAAAAUCGGAACUUCAGCAAGAGUAAUCUGGACAUUAACGGACAUCAUAUGCGGUCUCACAAGUAUCUUCAACUUGACUUGUAUCAGCAUUGAACGAUAUAUUUGUAUAUCGUCACCUCUUCGUUAUUACCAACGUAUAGUCGGAAGGCGGGUGAUAAUAAUCAUCAUUUCUAUGUGGGUAUUUGCAACACUACUGGCAGCAAGUCGGGGUAUAUUCCAAAAAACGGAAAUAAUUUUUGAAGUUAUGUUUACUGUGAUCGGGUUUUUUAUCCCCUUGCUUAUCAUGGUAAUAAUGUAUUCCAUGAUAUUCAGAGUUGCAUGUCGACAGGUUAAAAAAAUAGAUAUUCCUUUGAACGGGACAACGAAAAAAUUUCGUUUAAGAAAAGAAAUCAAAGCAGCUAAAACCCUAGGCAUUGUCAUAUCUGCAUUUUUCAUCUGCUGGAGUCCGUUCUUUGUGCUGAACUUCUAUGCUAUAUGUCAAAGUUGUUAUCGGAAUAUUGGAAGCGACAUUAUUAUUGCAGCUAAAUGGUUUCAUUAUGUAAACAGUGUCCUCAAUCCUCUUAUUUACGCUCGUAUGAACAAAGAUUUUAGAGAUGGUUUCACCCGAAUUCUUCUUCAGUGCGCAAUGAGUGUCGGGAUACGCGACAAUUUGAAUGAUUCAGAUCUACCUGCCAUUGACAGAAGAUCGUCGUCAAUUCUCGUUUCAAAGAGAAGAAAAUCAAGCACACCACAAAAUCAAGGCAGCUUUACGACUUGAAGACUUUCGUUGGCCAAUUGAAAUAUUAUUUUUAUGAUUUAUUAGCUAGCAGCACAAGCCACUACGAACAUAGACUGUGAAACAAUUUUAUUUCUGUGUAUUGAUUAAGCCAAAAAAUUACUGGAUUUUUUAAAAUUUGUGAAAUGUAAUCGCCAUUAAUCAAAUACUUUUCUUUCUGUGAAUUGAUAUGACUUUAAAAUCUAUAGUCAGUACUUCAAAAUUCAAUAAAGAUAACACAACUCACCAAUUUUUAGAAAUAAAAAACAUCAAGGAUAA